CAAGAGCAGAAAUCUGCGUUCUUGCAGCAGCGAGAUGAAUUUUCCAAAAUCAAUUUGACAUUUUCGUGAUAUCCUCGCAGAAAUUUGGCUGCAAUUUUCCGAAGCAUGGACAGUCGACCGAGGAGAAAAGUGAAGCGCAAGAAAUUUUCGGACAAGAAGUGCCAAAUUGCAGACCCUCUGCCUGAGUCGUCGAACUUUGAUGAAAGUUUUAAGUACUACAAGCAGAGAGUCCCUUUACCUGAUUUAUGUGCCGUCGUCAAUCCAACCUUUCCAGAACUUUGGGAAAGUCACGGGAUCAAAAGAAUCAGACCUGAAACCGAAAUAUUAGAAGACAACGAUUUUGAAAAUUCCCAGGUCCAUGGUCUCAUUCAUCCAAGCUCUUGGACGAUCUUAACCUUUAAUAGUCAUCCAGGAUUAAUUUACAUUGUCAACCCCUUCACCAGUCAGGGUCAGCAGGCGUGGAUCCAGAGAAGUUUGAAGGAUUACACCAAAAAGCCUCCGUACAAAUUAAAUUUAGACGCGCACCCUGAGUGGCAGGUUGGAAACGGGUUACCGGACUGGUGGGAAAUGUCGAAUAGAGAUGAGGAGAGAAGCAGCAUUUUGAAAAAGAAGCUCAGGUGGUCCACUUUGGGCUAUCACCACGAUUGGGACACUAAAGUUUAUUCGGAAGAAAAUCGAUCCAAUUUUCCAGAGGAGUUGGCAGAUUUAUCAAAAAUUGUUGCCGCAACAUCUGGUUUCCAAGAUUUUACUGCCGAAGCAGCUAUCGUUAAUUUUUACCAUUUUGAUUCCACCCUGGCCGGACACAUUGACCACUCGGAAGAAGAUUUUGAAGCACCCUUGCUUUCCUUUAGUUUUGGCCAAAACGCAAUAUUUCUACUAGGCAGCACAAACAAAAACGACCACCCGUUGGCACUCCUCAUUCAAAGCGGAGACAUUGUGAUCAUGUCUGGACCUUGCAGACUCAGUUACCAUGGAGUGCCUCGGAUCGAGCCUAUCAGCGAAGACCUUCCGAGGUGGAAAGGUUUCGAAGUUGAAGACGAAACGGAAGACUGGAAGCGCUGCUGUGAAUAUUUGCAAUGGUCCAGAAUUAACCUGAAUGUACGCCAAGUAAAAAGAAAAUUAUGAAUGCACAUGAUACUA